GACAUCAUGGGGAGAGGAGGACACAGGAGCCCUCCUAGGAAGGAAUGGGUUAAAUCCUUUCCACUGCAGUACAAAAGAAAAGAGUGUGCGGAAAGAUUAGGAUUUUUGCUUUUACAAUGGGAGCUGCUGAAGCCUGGGGAAGAAGCAGAAGAAAAAAAGGGGGCGUCUCCCCUUUAAAGACUUGAGAGGAGUGAGAGCAAGAGACAGUAAAAGACACAGAGAGUGAGAGAGAGAGAGAGAGAGAGAGAGAGAGAGAGAGAGAGAGAGAGAGAGAGAGAGAGAGAGAGAGAGGGAGGGAGAGGGUGUGAGAGAAAGAGGUUGAGAGAAAGAGUGUGUGUGUGUGUGUGUGAGAGAGAGAGAGAGAGAGAGAGAGAAGAGAAGAGAAGAGAUUGAGAGAGAGACAGAGUAGAGAGUCAGUUUUGUCUUUGGAGAGGAAGGACCUCUGUUUUAGAGUGACCUGCCCCUGCCCUGGAAGAGGCAUCCACUGGCUCCAUACCAAAGAGGGAGACAGGACCAAGUCACCCUUAUUGAAACUAAGUGAACGAUCGCCCCUCCCUUCCCCACCUCUCUCUGGCCUGGGCAUGUCUCGGCGAAAGCAACGGAAACCCCAACAGUUAAUCUCGGACUGCGACGGUUCCACCACUUCUGAGAACGGUGACACUGGCGACGAGGACCAGCCUCAAGUCUGCGCCAAGUGUUGUGCCCAGUUCACUGACCCAACUGAGUUCCUCACCCACCAGAACACGUGUUGUACCGACCCCCCAGUGAUGGUGAUCCUCGGGAGCCAAGAGAAUUCCAGCUCAAACUCCUCCUCCUCUUCUGAAGCUAGAGCAGAAGGCCAGGACAGCCCCCAGAUUAUGGAUACAGAGCAUGGCAAUCCCCCCGACCCUGGGCCCUCUGUACCCACAUAUGCCAGCUGGGGACCAGAUAGGGCUCGAGAAGACUCCUCAGACCACUUUCUCAUCACCACAGCAGGAGCCACUUCAGCUAGUGGAGGUGGGGGGCUGAUUUUGGCUAGCCCCAAGCUGGGAGCAACCCCUUUGGCUUCAGAGUCCACCCCAGCACCCCCUCCACCACCACCUCCUCCCCCUCCUCCUGGAGCAGGUAGUGGUCACUUAAACAUCCCCUUGAUACUUGAGGAACUCCGUGUCCUACAGCAGCGACAGAUCCAUCAAAUGCAAAUGACAGAGCAGAUUUGCCGGCAAGUACUCCUUCUGGGCUCCUUGGGUCAGUCUGUAGGUACUACUGCCAGCCCCUCAGAACUACCUGGCACAGGUGCAGCCACUUCUUCCAAGACGCUGCUGCCUCUUUUCAGUCCCAUCAAGCCUGGCCAGGCAAGCAAGACACUUACACCAGCUUCUUCAUCUUCCUCCUCUUCUAGCUCUGGGGCAGAAGUACCCAAGCCCACCUUCUUCCACCUCUAUCACCCACUAGGGGCACAGCACCCCUUUUCUAGUGGUAGUGUAGGGCGAAGCCACAAACCCACCCCUACCCCAACCCCUUCCCCAGCUUUGCCAGGCACCACAGACCAACUGAUCUCCUCUCCCCACCUGGCAUUCCCUGGCACCACAGGACUGCUGGCAGCACAGUGCCUGGGGGCAGCUCGGGGCUUGGAAGCAGCAUCUUCCCCAGGUCUUCUAAAACCGAAGAAUGGUAGUGGUGAGCUGGGCUACGGAGAAGUGAUGGGCCCCUUAGAGAAGCCUGGUGGGCGCCACAAGUGCCGAUUUUGUGCCAAAGUAUUUGGCAGUGACAGUGCUCUACAGAUCCACCUACGCUCUCACACCGGUGAGAGACCUUACAAGUGCAACGUCUGUGGCAACCGCUUCACCACUAGAGGUAACCUAAAAGUACAUUUCCACCGCCACCGAGAGAAGUACCCCCAUGUGCAGAUGAACCCUCACCCAGUACCAGAACACUUGGACUAUGUCAUCACUGGCAGCGGCCUCCCUUAUGGCAUGUCUGUGCCCCCAGAGAAGGCCGAGGAGGAAACCACUUCAGGGGGAGCUGAACGUAAGCCAUUGUCAGCUUCGGCCACAGCACUCACCGCCACCGAGAGCCUGACCCUGCUCUCCACCACCGCAGGUACAGCCACUGCUCCAGGUCUCCCGACCUUCAACAAAUUCGUGCUCAUGAAGGCAGUGGAACCAAAGAACAAAGCAGAUGAAAACACCCCACCCGGAAGUGAGGGCUCAGCUGUCUCUGGAGGAACAGAAACUGGCACCACAACUAGGAUGCAACUGAGUAAACUGGUAACAUCUCUGCCCAGUUGGGCACUGCUGACCAACCACUUCAAGACUAGCGGUGGCUUCCCUUUCCCAUAUGUGCUGGAGCCCUUGGGGGCUUCCCCUUCAGAGACGUCCAAGUUGCAGCAACUGGUGGAAAAGAUUGAUCGUCAGGGAGCUGCUGGGGCUGUUUCUACUGCCUCGGGGGCCUCUACCACCUCUGCCCCUGCAGUUUCCUCUUCAGCCUCCUCAGGCCCUAACCAGUGCGUCAUCUGCCUUCGGGUAUUAAGCUGUCCCCGGGCCCUUCGGCUCCAUUAUGGACAGCAUGGCGGAGAAAGGCCCUUCAAGUGCAAAGUAUGUGGCAGGGCCUUCUCUACUCGGGGCAAUCUUCGUGCCCACUUUGUGGGUCAUAAGGCUAGUCCAGCUGCCCGGGCCCAAAACUCUUGCCCCAUCUGCCAGAAGAAAUUCACCAAUGCCGUCACUCUGCAGCAGCAUGUCCGUAUGCAUCUGGGGGGGCAGAUCCCCAAUGGGGGCACCAUCCUGCCUGAAGGUGGGGUAGCUAUGAAGGAAAGUGGAGCUGAGCAGUCUGCACCACUAGCAGCAGGAGUCUUCCCUCAGCAGCAGCAGCAGCAACAGCAACAGCCACAGCAGCAGGCAUCCCCAGAGGAGGAACUGUCUGAGGAAGAAGAAGAGGAGGAGGAGGAAGAUGAGGAAGAUAUAACAGAUGAGGAUUCCCUGGCAGGGAGGGGCUCAGAGAGUGGUGGUGAGAAGGCCAUUUCCAUGAGGGGGGAUUCCGAAGAGGCGUCUGGCCCAGAAGAUGAGACAGUGGCCACAAUAGCAGCAUCUGGAAAGGAAAUGGACAGUGGCGAGAAGUCAGCCCAGCAGCCUUCCCUGCCGCUUCCUGGUAACCUGGAGGAACCUCAGUCCAUGGAGCAUGGAAAAAAUGAGCUUAUAGGAGGCAUUGAGGGGGGUGGACAGCCUGAGGGGAAUAGCAGCCCAACUUCAGUGCUCUCUCCAGAGGGGGAAGUAGUCAGUGCUAUCAUAGCAGAGGGGCCAGGCAUACAGGAAGCCAGAAGGAAGGAGCAUGGGGAGAGCAUGAGCAGCAGCAGCAACAGUAAGCGGUCCUGUGGGGUGUGUGGCCAGUCCUGUCCCAGCCAGGCAGCCCUGGAGGAACAUCAUAAGGCCCACAGCAAGGAGGGGUCACUCUUCACCUGCAGCAUCUGCAAGCAGGGCUUCCCUGAGCGGGCCACCCUCAAGAAGCACGUGCUGCUGACACACCACCAGGUACAGCCCUUUGCCCCCCAUGGUCCUCAGAGUGUACCCUCACUCUCCCUUACCCCGGGCCAUUCAGCCUCAAUCUCUGCACCAGGAUUCUGCCCUUUUGCUAGAAAAGAUGAUCCCACAAUCCAAUGAGGCCCUUUAGCUGUACCUACUGCUUCCUGAACCAAGGAGCAGAGAUUGGGGGUUCCAUAGAAGGACCCUUAUGAUUUUACCUGCCCCUCUAUAUUAUUGUCAUAGCAAUUGGGGCUCCCUAAUAUAAUCAUAUCCCCCCAAAAUCCUCUCCAGCCCCCACCCACCCAUGCAUUGAGAUCCUGGUGUUCACAGGGGAGAAGCCCCUGAGGAAUUUUUCAUUGACCCUUCUACCCUUACUUGUGAGGAACAUAUUCUUCUAGAAGGCCUUCAUAUCCCCAGGGGGAAACCUCUCUAGCUCCUUCAGGGGUGAGCCUUCCCUCUCCUUUCUUCCUCUCCCUUUCCCUCCUGGCAGGUGCACCUGAGCACCCACAUUUGGAAUUUCAGCCUAGCCCAAAGGGGCUGGCAUCUGUCCCUGGAAGGCCCCAUGCCCCUCCUCUCUGGUGGCCAGGUCAAGCUACAGGACUUCCUGUCCUGGGACAUCCCUGCCCAGUUGGUGGGGGUGGGCCCUCUAUCUUUCUGGAACCAAUACACCACUUUCCUGUCAAGUAGCCUGUCCUCUAAGCCCCCAGGUUCCAGCUCCACCUCUGCCACCACUGGUGCCCUGGCAACACCUACCCUGUUUGGUCCAGGAACUGUAGCUGGGAAAUCAUCUCCAGCAAUAGGAUCCAGUGAGGCCAAGGAGAAGGCCACCCCCCCUCAUAUGCCAGCCUCCUGCAUCCAAGACUGUACCGGAGAGUCCAGGCAGAGAAGAGAAGUAGCAAACUGCAGUGUCCCUCACCCUAUUCCAGAAGGUGCCAGGAAUUGGGAUUUUGCAUUGGUUCAUGACAUAACCCUUUGGGGUGAGAAGAAAUGCAGGAUAUGCCAUCCCAUGGGCCCUGAGAGUCACAUGUAGGCAGAGGAGACUGGUUGAUGGGUAUGGCAGGACACAUCAGCCUUCUCUUGACCCCAUCUUGGUGGCCUUGAGGAGGCACUGGAGAAUGGCACCUCUCUCAUCUUGACGGUUUUCCAACGUAGGAUUUGGAGUAUACAAGUCUAACUGCUGAAAGGAGGAGUUUAGUUGAGAAUUGAGGGUGGUUCAUGGAUUGCAGACAGGAACAUGAGGAGGACAAGAAAAGUAUACGGCCUGAUAUGAAAGCUUGCCAUUCCAGGUCUGAGACAUAUAUCUGGAGGGGUGCCCCAAUUCAGAUUGAAUGGCUCUAGUGAAUGUUCAGCUCUAAUAAUGAGUGCACAAAGGACAAAGUAACAAGUCCCUCCAAACUGGGUUGUUCCAGUUUAUUAGGACCCCCCCCCUUUUCCCUGGAUCCUGCUUUUCCCCUAAUAACCUUUUUCUUUAAGCUCUUCCUUCUCCCCACUCUCCCUGUCCAUGGACCAGGGCUUAUGUCUUCACCACUAUCUGGCUCUUUCAGAGACCACCAGCUACUGGAGGCAUAUGCCCUUCUCCUCCCUCCUGUAACAGACAAAAUGUAGUAUUUACUCUUAACAUAGGAUCAUGUGGAAACAGGAGCUCCAGAGGAGAAGCAGUGACUGGGAGUCCUGUCAUCGAGGGACAUGAAUGGCAGCUUCUCCUCUAAAACUGUAGGCCCCAGAAAUUCCUAACAUAGUGAAAUGUGCAGGGCAGAGGGGGGAGAUAGUAGUGUCUUUCUCGCUAUCAUUAAAGGUGUUUUGACCAAA